CGAACUCCAGGAAUGCAUGGUUGCCUGCAUGAUAGAUGUAGAGAUGGCGGUCAUAUAGUUAAAUUACACGUUCUGCCGUAUGUAUAUGAUUUUAUUGGAGCUAAUGGAUUUUUUAUCUGCUUUGUUUGGAGAAAAACAUAGUUUGCAUCUAUCUCUACACGACUUGCUUUUGUACCGGAGGCACGCAGCAGCAGGGUUGUAUAUGUCCAACCUCUGAUGGGUCUGCGGUCUGCCGUUGAAAGAGGGGCUUUGGAGAUCUGAAGGUAUUCCACGCCAGGUGCUCCUGUAAUGUGCUGGACUUCUGUUCUGCCACUUUGGUUACGCAGAGCUGAUCCAUUACAAAUGGUACUUGUGAUGCUUUGUUGUUAGCUUGUGAGUUGUCUGUUUCUGCGCUUGUGAUUCAGUGGCCGGCAAGCGUUUUUUUUUUUGACUCGGCCGGAUUGUUCAUCGAUCUAUUUUUGGAUCUUUUAUUGCUCUGGUGAAAACAGCUGGGCCCCAUUCACAAGGAGACGCGCCACAACGCUCCAAAGGCCAAACCAGAGAUUAUCUCCGGGUUGUUUACACAUUGAACUUGUCUUUCACCUUGACCUUGUUUAUACAUGAACCCGCCUCGGAUCCGUCACCAGGACACGCCCCCUAACAAGCCACCGUACCAUAUUAUGCCAUCACGCGGCGGUAGCGGCAACACGCAGCGGCAACAGGAUCCAACUGUGGUGGUGGUAGCCUUUGCGCAGCCGAGGAGGAGAACGAGACGGCGACGCGCCAUUAUGCCGGUGAAGAGCAGCGCCAGCUUCCGCAUGACCGCGCUGCCUAUGGUGGUGACGGCGCAGCUGCUGGCGGCUGCCGUGCUCACGCUCACGCUCGUCUGGGUGCUGCACUUUCGUGGUGGCGUCUCGUGGAAGCCGACAUCCAACCCUCUCUUCGUCUACACGGCACACCCUCUGUUCAUGGUGAUCGGCUUUAUCAUCUGCACCGGAGAAGCGGUGAUGGCGUACAGGAUCGUGCUGGGCCCGAGGUCGGCCAAGAAGGCGGUGCACCUGCUGCUACAUCUCGUAGCCCUCACCUUCGCUGCCGUCGGCCUGUACGCCGCCUUCAAGUUUCACCAUGACGUCGGCCUUCCUGACAUCCGUUCCCUGCAUUCUUGGCUCGGGAUUGCCACGAUAGCGCUCUAUGGUCUUCAGGUGAGUCGGUCACCAAGGGUGGCUCUACUUCUUUGUUGUAAGCCCAAUUUGUAGCCCACGUAGGCUACAAUCAUUCUGGCCUGCCGUUGCCCAUGGGCUUGUCAUGCAUGGGCCUCAUCCCACCUCUGGACGCCCGACAUUCCUCCAUUUAUAAAACCGUAUCCUUUAGCUUCUUAAAACCAUUUGUUUUCGAUUUCGAUGGUGUUUUAAUCUACAGAGUGCCACGUCAGCCAAUAGGGAGAUAAAUUAGUUUAUAGAGACAAAGAUAGUUCAAUACGAUCAAAUAGACUUUACC